AUGGAUGAAAAUAAUUAGCAUCAUAUUAUUUUCACUUACAAAUUUGAUGAGGAUGUACUGGGUUCAGCUUUAGUUUUAAGAGAUGCAAAAUAUUUGAUUUUUAAUAUUUCUAAUAAAUUAACCAUUUUCACAUUUGAUAUUAAUCAAAAAUAAUUAGCUUAAAUUUACUAGGAUAGCAACUCUUAACAAUAAAUAAAUAUAGCAACUUUAAAUUAAUAAUAAAACAGAGUCUAUAUGAUAAAAGAUUCAAUUGAUCUAAUUAUUAUUUCACUUAAUGAUUUUGCUAUUUAAAAAGGUUAGCUAGAUUAACAAUAAGAUGUUAUUUCCUUUUUUGUUUCUUAUGAUGACUCUUGGAUUUGUUUAAGCUAAGAUGGAAUUGGUAUAUUUUUUUACUAAAUUAUCUCUUUAUACUAGAAUUAAAUUUCGUUGAAACUUGCAUGCACAAAUACAUUGGUUAAUUAAUAUAAUUAUUUACUAAUUAAAAAUAAUUCUAUACUAAUUACUAUAAACUAUUGGAUUGGUUUUUCAAUUUUAGACAUAACUGAAUUAGAUAAAUUAAAAGAUUCAGGAUAAAGUAACAUUCAAAUUAAUACUCUACUUUUAAAUUGGUGGACUGAUUAAACUUACGCUCCUUAUUCUAUAGCUCUUGAAAUAAAUUAAGAAGAAACAUUCCUUUUUGUAGCUUUUAGAUCAGUUGGAUUUUAUAUAUUUGACAUAUAAAAUCCUUCAUAGCCUUAGAUAGUUUAGCUCAUUUAGAUAUAAGAGGAUAUAAUUUAAAUUAUAGAAUCUUAUAAAAACCCCUAUGUUUAUAUUUAAACUAAAGAAAGGAUUUUAGUCUAUAGAAAAGUAAAAGCAAAUUUUCAAAACAACUACCCAAAUUUGUUUAACAAACACGCAUCUAUUUUAUCAACUGUGAUUGAUACAUCUCAAACCAAACAAAUAAAAUUACUUCCAGAUAAUUCACAUAUGAUAGUUUGUUGCUCAAGUUAUGGGUUGAAUGUAUUAAAGUUAAAUUUAAAUUCUAUACUUUAACCUUUAGAAAUUGUAAGUUAGAUUAAUUAUUCUAAUAAAUUUGAUAGUUUUUUGAUAUUUUCGAAUGGUUAAUUGUUAAUUUUAUCUGUUCAAGAUCCAAAUGGUUUUUAUUUUGAUAUCUACAAUCUAAGUAAUUUAAUUUCUCCUCAAAGAGUGGAUAGAAUUCUUUUGGACUAUAAGGACAUAAAUUCAAUAACCUUAAGUAAAGACGAAACACUGUUUAUAUUUUAAAGUGGUAAUAACAUAGUGUUCUAUGAAGUAUCUAGCAUAUAAUUUAAAUAUCUGAAUACAUUCAAUAUUAAUUCCUCUCCUAUCGUAAAAUAGAGUUCAAUUGUUAUUUUAAAUGGAUUCCCUUACAUUUUAGUUUUAAUUUAAGAGUAGUCAAUAACAGCCAUACAAAUUAGUAAUUUGAAUCAACCUUAAAUUAGUAGUGUAUAAGAGUCACUUGGCGCUGUCUAUGGUAUAUAAGGAACAUAUUAAAGCCAUUUCUGCUUUAUAGCUGAUGGUUAAUAAGGUAUUUCAAUCAUUGAUCUUCGUUAAUUACCAAAUAUUGUAAUUAUGACAAAGAUAUCUUUAAAUGGAUAUUAGGUUAAUUUAAGCCUUUUAUAAAAUGAUAAUUAUAUCAUUUCUAGCUAACAAAGUGGAGGUUAAAUAGAAUUGAUUAAUAUAUUUAAUAUAAAUGAGCCUUAUAUUAUGGGCUAAACUUAAUUUGAAAAUGAAUCAUCUGUAGCCACUGAAAUCAGCCAAGAUUUAAAUUAUUUAUUUAUAUUAAACUCCCAAGGAAUUAGGAUAUUCCCUAUUAAAACUAAUAUUCUUAUAAAUUUUGAAUUUUUUUUAUUACAAAAUACAGGCUCUGGUUAAUAACAAUAAACAAUCUAAAGUAUGGAAAAUCUUAUCUUAAAAGUAGGCUAAAAUUUAAUAGUUACCUUAAAUUCUAUUUACCCUCAAGAAAAUGCAAGAAUUACUAACAUAUAUUUUGCCAAAUAUAAUAAAUUGUUAACUAUUCCUUCAUGGCUUUCUUAUGAUAACCAUUUAAAUUAGCUACAUAUAAAUGUAACUAAAGAGAGUUUAACUGGGUUAAUUCAAUAAAAUAAUACAGAUAUAUAGGUAAACUUUAAUAAUGUUGUUUUUGUUACUAAAGUAUAGCUUACAGAAACAUCAUUUAUAUAUUAAGAUAAUAAUACUGGCUCUUACAUUAUAACUGAUGUUUAAAAUGAAUUUUGCUAAAAUGAAUCAUUUGAUUUACCAUCCCUCAGUAAGAUGACCAUUUCUAACGAAGGAUAUGUUUUUAUAAAAAAUAUUUUACAGAGUAGUGUUGUUUAUUCACCUCUAAAGUUAUUGCUUUAGAAUUCUUUGAUUGUAAACUUUAAAAAUCCUUUUUAAAUUAUUAGCUCUGUAUCAAAAAUAGCAAGCAUAUCAAUUUAAAUCGACAAAAUGAGUGGAAAAUUUGUUUUAAAAAAUUAUCCUGGAGUAAUCACCGUAUUUUCUAAAGAAUAAGAUGUUAUACAAAUGCAAGGUGACAUUACUUAUUUAAAUGAGAUUCUAGCUCAAUAGAUUUAGGUUUAUUUUUAUAGCAAUACAUACACUAAAAGCAAAGUAUAACAUUUAGAUUUAAAGCACUUAAUCUCUUUAAGCUUAAGUCAAUAGAAUGUUCUCAGAUUCUAUAAUCUACAUUGA